UCAGGAAGUUAAAUAGAACAAAUGAUAUCGUACAUGUUUGUGAGCUGGAAAAGAUCGGACAAAUGAAUUUUCAAACAUUCUUGAUAGUAACUGAAGUAAUGGUUUUGCAGUUGCAAUAUUGUAAACCUUCCGCAACAGGGUUAGCUUGGAAGACAGCUAAUGAACAAUGUAGAUUACAGAACGACUCCAUCGUUAAUAUAAAAGAUGUUCGGAAUAAGCUGUCAUUUUUAACGGGAUUAAAACCAAUCUGGUCACCAGUAAAAGGACAAUUUACUCCUUGGAUUGCAUACAGAGGCUGCUUCGGUGAAUCUUCUAGUAUCUGUGUAUCAUUGACAGGUGCAAAGUUUACGAAUAAAAAAUGUCAUACAAUCUUAAACAACACAGUUGGAAAUUGCUAUUUUGAAUGCAGAUCCAAAAGUAAAUCGGAUGGGGGUUGUGAAACCACAUCAAACUUUUACUUCGGUCUUCAGGAAUCUAUAUGUUUAUGCCUGUGUGAUAACAGCAGCAUACAACAUAUCUCUGAAAGUAAAAAAUGCAACAUUCUGUGCAAGACAUCUAUAAAUAAUGGUGAAUGUGGUGGAAAAGGAUUCUUCAGCGUGUACGAAUCGAAAAAUGUUGUGAUACCUGAUACAGGUUUUGGAGGAUUUUGUCUGAGUUGUCGGUCACAAAAUGGUUCUGGUAAGGCUUUAUUGUACAGCAUAGACUGUAAUGAAAAUGCUGCUGGUCUUUGCGUUGAGAGUAAUGAGGGGAGUUCUUCAUUACCGCCAACCAUGUCAACAUUCGAUUCAUACUGGAGAUACUGUAGGAAUCACAGCAAGUACAUUGUUGGAGACACCAGUCAGACUUUUUGUCAAAGAGACGCAAGUAUCUGGACUGGAUUGCGAAAAUACAAAAUUGAUAAUUUUAAUACUGAUACUGACAGCUGCUACAUCUUCGAAAUACAAAAUGGGACAGUUAAUUAUAAAGGAAGAAGUUGUACGGAACACCAUUUCUUUCUUUGUAAAAAGGAAUUCAAUCAGAUGUACAUUUCAAGUACAAAAUAUGUCAAGAGUACAACAUACACAUCCCAACCGCCAUUUACUAGUGAAACAGCGUUAUCUAAUAAAAGUUGGCCAACCAGGGGCAAUGCAACAAGUAAAUUCAUUGCCAGUACAAAUUCACCAUCUUCAAAAUCGAAAGCAAGUACCAGUAAUAAAGGAUUAUUCACAUGGACAGCCAACACUUCUCCCUCCAAAAAGUCCUUUACAUUUUCUGUAACAUCAUUAAAAACAUCUUUUAGUAAUACUACAAGUCGCAUCAUCACAACAUCUCUGGCAGCGUCUUCCAAAGAAGAAAAUAAGGCAACAAUAGCCGGAUCUAGUAUUGCAGGAGUAGUUGUUCUGAUAUCAGUCGUUUUUAUCGCUAUUUGUUUGUUUAAGAGGCGUAAUUUACUUUGUAUACAAUCAAAACAACAACAAGCAAAAAGUAGCAAAGUGUUUAACAACACUACAUACGACGACCUUGUUGUAACAAAUCAAAAGCCCGACGUCAACUAUGCAAACACCACUUUGGAAUACGCUAACCAAGGAAGUAUUUGUAAGAUAGAUGAUAAUGAUAUAUAUGUGGAAAAAGAAGACGAAUAUGAUCAUCUUCACACAAGUCGACAAAAACAUGUCGCAAAACAGGUAGAUGACGACAGAUAUGGAAGUGCUUCUUAUUUUGAUGAGGACUCUUACUCGACUCUCAGACAAAACAAAAAUAUCGAGCCUUGUUUUGAUAAUGAAUACAGUGGGAACAUUACGCCUUAUUCGGGAAACCAAUUGCGUACCAUGAAAAGUCCAGAUUAUGAUUUCUGUUAUCAAUCUAAUCAAAGGAAAGAUUGGUAAUAUGAAGGUCAUGAUACAAAUUAACUAUUGUCCUAUAUCAUGUUUACUCUAAUCAAUAUUAAUGUAAAAAGAGUUUCAAGAUUUUCCUGAGGAGAAUGAUUGUCAAAACACUUUUACAUCAUUAAAUUAGUCUUUUUAUUUGUUAAAUAUUUAUGUUUGUCCAAAGUCUUUACAAAAACAUUGAGAAUGCGUUAAAAUUUUCUUCCCUUUUUGUUUAAAUCAAAUUAUCAUUUAGCAAGGUGUUUUCAUUUAUUCAUGAUGUUGCAUCUGCUAAAAACAUUGCUUACUAUGCUAUUUCAUAAAGAUUUACUCUUGCAGUUUGUCAGUACAUAUUUUUUUUGUCAAUAUAUCAAUUUAUAUGCUGUGGUGAGUGGAGAAAAAAAAGUUUGAUUCAUAUGUCUGAUUUCUUUAUCAUAUUUGUUCUGAGAGAUAUUUAAUUCAUGAGAACCUUGUUGAUAAAUACUAAAUUACUUUGACAAGAUGCAAAAGUAUUGCUAAGAUUGCUGAAAACGUGUUCAUCGAUUUUUUUAAACUUCUGUUUAUUAUUCUUACUUUGAAAUCAACGUUUCAAUUUCUAUAUCUAAAUUCAAGUAUAUAUAUGUAUAUAUAUUAGAAAAACA